AUGGGACGGCGGAAGAUUGAGAUCAAACCGAUCCGCGAUGAGCGCAAUAGAUCGGUGACCUUCCUCAAGCGCAAAGGCGGCCUGUUCAAGAAGGCGCACGAGCUAUCCGUCCUGUGCCACGUCGAAGUCGCCGUCAUCAUUUACGAUCCCACAAAGAAGAAAGUCCAUGACUACUCCUCCGUUAACAUCAACGAUAUCCUUGCGCAAUUCACCUACUGCACCGGCGCCCGGGAACACAAGGGCCCGCAAGACUUCGCUGAUCGAGGCGGCGGGGAUGAUGAUGAAGAUGAGGAGGAUGGUGGGGAUGAGGGUGAGCAGCACGGUACACCCCAGCCUGACCCACAGGCAAUGGGCAUGCAGCACCAUCCUGCCUUCCAGCACGUGAGACACGGCACACCCCAGGGCUCUCCGCCAAUGCACAACGGAGGCAUGCCACAGCAGUUCCAACGCGGUCCAUCCCCGCUCCCCACUGGCGUUCCACAUGUUGUCUCGAGGCCCUCGUCUCGCGCAGACCAGCAUCAGGGACACGCCCGGCGGAUAAGCUCCAACCUCGUGCCGACUCAACACCAACAAGCCCCGAUGGCACAAGCAGCCUACGCCUACCAACCCAAUCCCGCCUUCUACAAUCCACAAGCCCCUCAGAUGCAUCGUCCAGCCGGUCCCGGAGGCCCCGCUCUGCAACCCCAAGGCUCUACAUAUCCCCCUCCAUACCCUCCACCUGGCUCACACCAUGCCCAAAUGCAGCAAGUGUUGAUGCAAGAUGCUCGUCGAUCGUCCAUGCCAACCGCAUUCCCGGCGCAACCUCCCCCGCAAGCGAACAUGCAGCGCGAUGCAUCGCACGAGCACUUGCAUGCGCCACCCCAACCGCGACAACCUCACCCGUCCCCGCGAGCGCAACACGUACAAGCGCAAAGAGUCACGCCUCCUCAGCCUGCACAGCAACAAUUCAUCAGCCCGCCCAUUCCCCAGCCCAGGCCGCUUUCCGGACACGCCAAGUCGCAGAGCAUGUUCACUCCAAUCGACGAUAGUCGGUCAAUGCUGGCGCAACACUGGGGAUCGACGAGCAGUGCAGAGGCGCUGCGACUGGAGCCGAAGACGGAACAGCCUACUCCCCGUGCCGCCUCGGUGGACGUCGCUACAAUGCAGCGACAACGGCAGACGGCUGAUGCGAAGCCGAAUGGCUCGCCAGAGCAGCCGCAAGCCUCUUCAUCACGCGCCCCUCCUAAAUCUCCGCAGCCGGCUUCGCGCGCGGGUAGCACGCCGUCUAUCGGCCUUUCGCGGUCGAGCACCAGCCAACCGGACGCCAAGCGACCCCGGCUGAAAGUGCAGAUUCCCAGCGAACAAUCCGACGGCGAAGGCGGCACAGCGUCCGCACGAACCGACGCGAGCGCUUCCCGAGAGACUGCAGGAAGCGGAGGCGACAAACAGCAGACCCCUGGGCACGGAGUGGUACUCCCGCCUCCGUCCCCGAGCGCCGGCGCACUCCUCUCCGCCGGCGCACAAGGCCCUCCCAACCCUUUUGCCCGUCCCGCACCUCCUAUGAGCACGAACCCUCAUGCCAUGAACCGCGACGUGAACAACAGCACCCACAUCGAAACGCCCAUCUCCGCUCUCCCCAGCCGCUUCAUGUCGGAUAAUCUCCUCCCCAGCCCAUCGACCUUUUACCCUGAAUGGGGCUUUGGGCGAUCGGGAGGGGACUCCGCCGGCCCGAAUAUGCUGCCUUCGCCGCUGAACUUCCAGACGCCGGUGGUGGGGAAUGGAGCUGGGUGGAGGGAGGAGGAUCGUAGGGAGAGGGAUAGGGAGAUGGAGCGCAAGAGGGCCAGUGAGGACGAGGCUGGGGGGGAUGCGAAGAGGCCUAGGAGUUAG